AUGUCUGGUCUUUGCUCCUUCUUUUUCUCCUCUCAUCAGGCAAGCGAGCGGGAAUGGCACCGUUCAGAGCUACAGGAGAUGCUGGAGCAAUGGGAAAAGGAGAAGGCAGAGACAGAAAGGGAGCACGAGAAGAAGCUGUUUGAUAUGAAGCAGAAAGUUGCUACCAUGCAAGCUCAACAAGAAGAGGAACGAACUAGAGUCGAAAAUGCCAAGCGAGAGGUCCUGCUGGAAAAGGAGCGUGAGAAGAAUGCUUUAUUAGAGACACUGCUCCAAACUCAGGGAGAACUAACAGAAGCCUGCCAGCAGCUGGAGCAGCUCAGGCAGGAGGUGGAAGAGCAGUGAGAGAAUGGGCAGAUAAUCUGACUUAACAUCACAGAAAAACUGCAAGCAGAGCUGCAGGAAACUCAGAGUAAGAUCAAAGCAGCGGAGAAGAGGCAGAGGGAGGAAAUCCAAACCAUCAAAGAGGAAAUGAAUAUCCUUCUUCAGCAGAGGGAUGGUCUACAAAAACAGGUGGAAGAGUUGACGUCUCAGCUAGUAGCCUCCGAAGAGUCUCUAAAGACGGAGGCUAUGAUGCUGCAUCAAGAGGUGGUGUCUUUGGAAAGGAAACUCGAGAGCACUGAGAAGCAAAGAAAGGAUGUCCUGCAUGAAUGGGAGAGACUGCAAGCAGUUAAAGAAAAACCGGUGUGGGAGAUAAACCUUCAGGAAUCAGUCACAGCCUCUGAAACCCGAGCAAAUACAGCAACAGAUAUGAAUCACUCCCUUGAACAAGAACUCCAAACUACACUGUCUCUUUUAAAAAUUAAAAAUGAGGAAGUGGAAACGCAGUGGGAGAAAAUCCAGAUGCUCCAGAAAGAGGCAGCACAGGGAAAAGCUUUGCAGGAGACUAUCACUCAUAUGACUUUCAUCCUGUCAGAGAGGGAGGGAGAAAUGAAGUUGUACCAGGAGCAGAUGAGAAUGCUGGAAAAGCAGAAAGAAAUGCAUAAAACUACUCUCGAUCAGGUUAUUAAGGACAUAACAGAGAAAAAACAGAAGAUGGAAUCCCAGCAAGAACAGAUACGAGACCUGGAGAAACAGCAAGAGAAACAAAGGAUUGCUGUAAGCAAAAUGAGCAAAGACUUGGAAGAGAGAGAUCGGGAGAUCAGAUCCCAGCAAGAACAGAUAUGGGACCUGGAGAAGCAGCAAGAAAUGCAGAGGACUGCUGUCAGCAAGAUGAGCAAAGAGCUGGAGGAGAGAGACCAGGAAGUGGAAACGCAGUGGGAGAAAAUCCAGAUGCUCCAGAAAGAGGCAGCACAGGGAAAAGCUUUGCAGGAGACUAUCACUCAUAUGACUUUCAUCCUGUCAGAGAGGGAGGGAGAAAUGAAGUUGUACCAGGAGCAGAUGAGAAUGCUGGAAAAGCAGAAAGAAAUGCAUAAAACUACUCUCGAUCAGGUUAUUAAGGACAUAACAGAGAAAAAACAGAAGAUGGAAUCCCAGCAAGAACAGAUACGAGACCUGGAGAAACAGCAAGAGAAACAAAGGAUUGCUGUAAGCAAAAUGAGCAAAGACUUGGAAGAGAGAGAUCGGGAGAUCAGAUCCCAGCAAGAACAGAUAUGGGACCUGGAGAAGCAGCAAGAAAUGCAGAGGACUGCUGUCAGCAAGAUGAGCAAAGAGCUGGAGGAGAGAGACCAGGCGAUCAAGUUCCAGGAGGGGAAAAUAAUGAUUCUAGAACAGGGUGCAUCACAAGUGAGAAACCUGCAGGCGGAUCUUGAUCAUAUGAAAGGAAACUUGAAGGAGAAAAACAUAGAGCUUAUGUCUCUGACUCGGCAGAUCCAAGAACUGGAAAUGGAGAGAGCACAGGUGAAACCUCUGCAUGCAAGCCUUGAACACCUGAGGGCAGUUCUUAAGGACAGAGAGAGUGAGUGUGAUUCUCAAAGGGGUCAGUUAAGACUCUUGCAGCAGUACAAGGAAGAGCAAGAGGGGUACCUGCAAGAGCUUCGUGGUAAAGUAGAAAAGAUGAUGCUUUCUUUAUCUAAAAAAGAUCAAGAGCUUGAGUCACAACAAAAGCAAAUCCAGGAAGCUGAAGGAGUCAUGGAAAUGCAGUUAAGGACUAUCCGUGACCAGCUGGAGCAGACCUUAAAAGAAAAGGACAGACUCAUAGACAUCCAAAAGGAACAAGCAAGGAGCUGUGAGGAAAAAACAGAACAGAUGAAUGUCUUACACAGAGACUUAGAAUACACUACGGCAAUACUGAAAGAAAAGGAUUUAAUGAUUGACUCUCAGAAGGAACUGAUUGAGACCUUCCAAAAACAACAACAAGACUCUGAAUGGCAGAAGGAAAUUCUGCAGCACCUUCAAGUGGCACUAAAGGAAAAAGAGGAAGAAAUUUUAUCCCUUAGAAAGGAACAUGAGGCAUGCAAGGAAAAGGAGGAAAAGCAUGAAGCUGAGCAAACAAAUCUUCAAGCAAUAAAACUGACUGUGAAAGAAAGAGAAAACAAGAUAGAGGUUCUGGAGGAGGCUAUCUCUAAGCUUCAACAGCAAAAGGAGGAGGCAGCAAUGCAGACUAAAGGUAUACUGCAAAAACUAGAAUAUGCUGAAUCUUCUCUAAAAGCUAGAGAUCAAGAGAUAGUGUCUUUGCAAGAGCAUGUCCAGGACCUUCGAGAGCAGAAGGAGUUAGAAGGCAAGCAGGCCAAGAGUCUAGAGCAGGAUCUAGACAAAAUGAGCCAAAUAUUGAAGGAGAACCACUUGGAGUUCCUCAAGCAGACAGAGCAAAUUAACAUGUUCCGGCUUCGUGGCGAAAGCAUGGAAGAAGCACUGGCAUCGUGCCAGAAGCAGGUGAAUCUGCUUGAGGAAGUGGUGAGGAAGAGAGAUGAAGACAAGGAAACUCUUCGGCAAAAACUCCAGCACCAAGAAGAAGAACUGAAGACCUUGCAGAAUUUGCAGCUUAGGCUAACCGAGCAGAAUGAAGAGGUUAGACAUCACAGAGAGCAAGAGAAGCUCCUGGAAGAUGCCUUGCAUGAGAGGGAACAAGAGACUAAGGCUCAAGGUGAGGAAAUAAGAGCUCUUCAGGAAGAUCUCCAGCAUGUUCAGCAGACGACAAAGAAGGAUGAAGAGAUCAAGUACCAGAGAGACAGAGUCAGGUAUUUAGAGAAGACUCUGACAGGGAGAGAACAAGAGCUUAGGAGGCAGAGUGAACUGAAACAAUUAACAUCAGCUUUGCGAUGGAAAGAUGGAGAGGACACCCUGCAGAAACAAAUCCAGAAACUCCAGAAAUGGGAGGAAGAGGAAGCAGAGAAGAGGAGAGUUCUCCAGGAGAGAGACCGUGCCUUGCAAAGACAGAAGAAGCUAACCCAGCAACUGGAAGAUGAGCAGAAAGCAAAGGGGGAAGAAUUGAAGCGUGUGACUGCUAUUUUGAAGCAGACUGAAAGUGAAGAAGCCAAAUGGAAAGAGAAGGCACAAGCACUGACUCUUGCCCUUACCGAGAGUGAAAAGGCCAAUGGAACUUUGAGGGAAGAAAUAGCCAUCCUGCAGAGUAAGGUUACAGAGAAGGACACGGACCAGUUUCAUCAUCAGCAGGCUGUUGCAGAAGGGGAGCAGCUAUCAUGGCUCUCAAAGAAGAUACUCCUGUUGCAGCAGCUGGAACGUCUGCAGCAAGCAGUUGCCAGGCUGGAGCUUGAGAAGACUGAGCUGAAGCAACUCAGUGCUGAGCUCAAGAGGACUCUUGAGCAGGUGGAACGUGAACGGAGGAGACUGAAGAGAUAUUGUCAAGGUCGGUCGUUGCGAGAUGCAGGCAGAUUUUCUCUCUCUGACCAGCACCAGAUGCCUGCUCCUAGACAGGAGGAGUCUCACAGGUGCUGCAGUUGUCGAUUAGCUGAGUUGUGGAACCAGGUGUCCCUUCUGCAGACGCAGCUGGCACAAGACUGCUGUGCAAAGACCAGCCGGAAGCUGUCAGAGAUUUGCCAAGAGCUGGAUUCCUCCUCAGCAGCUGUGGCCAGGGAGCCCAAAGCUGCUGUUCUGGAAGCAGAGACUCGGAAGCUGGGUCAGUCUCUGAACCGUUCUGUCCCCUAG